GUUGAGCCGAUUAAACAAAUUCUAAUGGCUUGAGAGCGUCAUCUGCAGGACUCGUCUCCAUCUCCUUCACUCGCGAUAGAAGAAGCGUGCCUGCCUGAGUGAAUUUUUGGUUUCCGAAUAAAACUAACGGAAUUGAUCAUAGAUUCGAAUCAAGAUGGCGACUCCACCGAUAAUUAAAAUUCUCAGGUGUCUGUGCAUCGGCAUUAUCAACACGUCAUUGAUAGUGUGAUCCGCAAUAUGUCUGGGACUUUUUUGGACGCAGGGAUAGAUCAAAGUGUCCUUGUCGAUUUGGGUGUCCAGUGGCGAAAAAAUUUAGCUGAAAUGGGAACUGUGACGGAUUUCAAGGACAACAGGGUCAUUGAGGAGAGCGAAAUCCCAUCGACAUCAGCGGGGCCUUCAAUGAACGAUAUAGCGAAAGGGGAUGUUGUCUACAUCCUUCCACCCGCGCAGACUGUCGGUGUUCCUGUACUUAUCCAACCUGUCAGUGAGGAUGGGCCGAGUGUAACUGUCACGGUCCCGGUGGCAGCUCUACAUGGAGGAAUAUUACGGCAAAUCAUUUCCGUGCCCGGAAUGUUUGAAAUUUCGGGCGAGCAAGAUUUCACUACGGUCGUACAAGCCAGAGUGAAUGAAGAAUUGCGCAAGCGUGGGCUCCGAAUUAUCAAAGGGCGAGUACCCAAGAAGAGCGGAGGGAUUGGACAUCGUGGACGUGGAGGGAGGGGUGUUGCUAGAGGGAGAGGACGCGGCCGUGGUCGUGGUCGAUCUAGCAAAUUUGCUACCAGUUCCACUAGCGAUGAAGAUGAAAGCGAUGUGGAUGAUGAAGAGGAAAUUGAGCGUAAGCCUGCUGGUCGCGGAGGAAGGGGCGGUGCUAGAGGGAGGGGACGCGGUCGUGGUCGUAGCCGGGGUCGACCUAGCAAAAUUGAUACUCGUGAGUCAAGCGAUAAAGAAGACGACGACAUGGAUGAUGACCAGGGUAUUAAGCUUCAGCCUGGUCGUGGAGGGAGAGGUACUGCUAGAGGGAGGGGCCGUGGUCGCGGUCGAGGUCAAGGUCGACCCAGCAAAAUUGAAACUCGAGACGCAAGCGACAAUGAAGACACGAGCGAUAAAGAAGAAAACGACAUUGAUGAUAAGCAAGAAAUUGAGCCUCAAAUUGGUCGUGGUCGUGGUGAAUCAAGCAAAAUUGCUACUCCUGACACGAGCGAUGAAGAUGAAAGCGAUGUGGAUGAUGAAGAGGAAAUUGAGCAUAAGCCUGGUCGUGGAGGAGAGGGUUCUGCUAGAGGGAGGGGGCGUGGUCGUGGCCGGAAACGUCCUCUUGAAAAAGAACAAUUCCCAACGGAUUUGUUAGCCUAUUUGGACGAAGUAAGGAGAAAUAUGUAUGCUACAGGUGCAGCCGACUGGCUGAUUCGCCAGAUUGAAGAGACCAUCCGGGAAGAAACAGCGUCGUUAGCGAUGUCAUCAUUAGGUCAAGGGGGACCUAGCCAAAUUGAAACUCGAGACACAAGCGACAAUAAAGACAUGAGCGAUAAAGAAGAAAACGACACGGAUGAUAAGCAAGAAAUUGAGCCUCAAAUUGGUCAUGGUCGUGGUGGAUCAAGCAAAAUUGCCGCUCGUGACACGAGCGAUAAAGAAGAAAACGACAUGGACGAUGAGCAAGAAAUUAUGCGUCAGACUGGUCGUGGAGGAAAGGGCGCUGCUAGAGGGAGGGGACGCGGUCGUGGUCGAUCUGGUAAAAUUGCUGCUCGCGCCACAAGCGACAAAGACGAAAGCGAUGUGGAUGAGCAACAUGAGAUUAAGUUUGAGCCUCGUCGUGGAGGGAGAGGUGCUGGAAGAUGGAGGGGGCGUGGUCGUGGUCGUGGCCGGAAACGUCCUCUUGAAGGCGAGCAAAUCCCUCAGCUGGAUGGUGGACUCGAUUCAAAGUUGGAUGCCGAAGACAUGGGUUGUGUCGAUGAAGAGGAAGAAGAACUUAACAAGGCUGCAAUCGAAUACCUAGCCGAACAACGGGAAAAGAUGUAUACUCAGGAUAACUUGAUCAUUUGCCAGUAUGCACAGAUCAUCCGGAGAGGAUCCUCAUGGAAAUUCAUCGUCAAAGAUGGCAUCAUGAAGAUCAACGGAAAAGACUACGUCUUCGGUUUUGGAAAGGGCGAAGCUCCGGAAGUUAAACCGGUUGGAUGGGUGCCUCCGAUUCCGAAGGCGACUGCGCUGGAUAGUCUUCCCGUGGCGGAAGCGGUACCCACGGUCUCGUCAGCAAUGCUCCCAGCCAACUUCGAACUUCCACCCGGCUUUUCUAGUGUUACUUUCCAAAUCUAAUCCCUUUUUCACCCAACUCUGAAAGACCACUAUUUUUAUUAUUUCUUGUGGUCCUAACUUUUAUUUCUUUUACAAUAUGUUACUGAUCCAUUUUGUUUACCGUUUUUCCCACUUUGUUUAACAUUUUGGCAGUAAUUAUAAACAAUGUUUUGUUGAUCUUA